AUGACGUCGUGGUUAGCGCGAGAAGAUGAACGCACGAGCCUUCGCGAUUACCGAAACGCGUCGACUGUGGAAAGCACCAUCAACUCGCAGCAACAACUUCGCAUAACGCACACGAGCACUCCUAUCCUACCACCAUGCGCUGGUCCAAUGUCCACCUACGCAUUGCAAACGAAAACAAUGCUUCAUUCCGUCUCCAAUGCACCCAUACAACUCCUUGGACAGGCUCUCCCAUGCGAUGAACCCAGGUCACAACUACCUUCAAAGCAGAGUCGAGAUACCACCUGCGGUCUGGGGACUUCGAACCACCCCUUCACGAUCAAGCCCUUUCCUGAAUCAACUUUCACCAAACCUAUAGUUGUCAACCCUGUUCGGAUAAUUGCACGAUCGCAGCUGCCUCUCACGUUCCUUGACAUCACACCCGACGAGACCUUUGCCUCGAACAGCCUGUUUGCAGCACACAUUGAGAUAUUGGAGGAGGGAACCCUGGAAAACUAUGCCAGAGAUGUCCCAAAGGUGCUCAUCGCCCAUCUGGGCACGAAGCGGACACUAUAUGCCAUUGAACGAGUACAAGCCCGCAUUUAUAGCAUCUGCCGCCUGGCUUCUUGGCUGAAAGAGAAGGAUGUCACAGAACUAUGGGAUCCCAAUAAUCUACAUACCUGCGUUACAUUGCCCAUGUUGACGCAACCUACUAGUACGGUGGAACAAUGGUGGCAACAUGCUGUGGUAACGCAGUCUCACAACCAGCCAACGCAGCGUACUAGAAUGAGGAUGAUGCGAAGAAAACAGUCUUCAGAUGUGGAAGUGGCAGGUAUAUCAUAUCUGGCACCCAAACAAACCCCUGUUAGGGUGGACACGGCUCCUAUGGAUCCUUUCCUGGAAGGCAUGAUUGAGAGUCCAAGCCCACAGGACCAGCUCGAAUCGCUCGUGCAGCAGUAUCUGGACGCAGUAUAUUUGUCCAAGACGUCGUUAGCAUACUUUGCCAAAGGUCCGAUGACUCGCUUACGCAAUACAUUCACGGCGCCCGUGGAAGGCGCUCCAGCAACCCACGAACUCGUGUCAUUUCUCAGGGCCAUGAUCCUCAGCCCCAAAUCUAGCGAAAAGAAAUAUUAUGAGAAACUUCCAGCGGUGAUCAAAGCACUUCCGCCAGGAACCUUGUCAGAAGACGAACAUAUGCAUGGGGCUAAUAAGGUCAAAAAGUCGAAGAAGAAGAUAAAACUUAGCCGCAAUGGUGUUUAUCCCAACGAGGACUUGAUGAUUAGGAAGUGGUGGCUCUCCGAGUUGCCAAGUAGUGACAGCAUGGGCGCGGAGACAAUUGAUCAGCGCAUCAAAAGGAGGGUUGGAGACUUGCGAGUCCGCGAGACGCUUGCCCAGUUGAUUAUUAUGCUCGAGAUAAUUGCUCUAGAGUCUCUGCACACGUACAGACCUCCUCUCGACGACAACGAAGCCGAUGCAGAUAUAGCGAAACUUCAGGAGACGCAGACAAACAAAAAGCCGAAGAAACGAACGAAAAAGGUCGACGAUAUCAACCUCCAACUUGAUCUGCUGCUGGACAAAUUGUGUAUUUGGCAUGCGACAGAGGAAUUGGGUAUUCUGGAUUUUGACUCAAAACCAACAACGCAGCAUGAAGGACUCGACGGCGCUAACAAACUGGGGGCAAAUGAUCGAUUGCACAGCUUCUGCGUUGAAGUCAUCGUACCUUUCUACAUGAAUCGCCUACCUGAACAAGCUCUCACGGCAAACAAAAAGUUGGGCGGACCGGUCCACACUGCACCAUCCAAGCGCAAAGCGAUGAAGGCCCCUAUCACGUCACGAACCUUGGAAACGUUGAAUGAGCCGGAUGUGAAAAAGUCACGACGCUCACUUGCCAGAGUGGCGACUGACAACACUGGAAGGACCAUUGAACGAGUUACUCCAGCCCUCAACCGAUCGACUACUGACACUGCACUUCUGAACAAUAUCAAGCGAGAAGGAAGCGAAGUUCCGCUAUCAGCUAUCCCCUUCCAACGCAGUCCGUCUAAAAGUGCUAGACAGUCGAUGUCGCAGAUCAGACACCUACAGGGGCGCCAAAUCGACUUCAACCGACCCUCUGCUGCUGCCGAAGCCAAGAUGAAACACAAACAACGCGUAGAGGAAGAUCUACAGGAAGCCAUAUUGGCCUUGAAGAGGCCAAAUCGAGGACUGGCCGCUGGGUCUUAUGUUGCUGAUAAAGAACAACGCGGACUAGGGCUGGCGAAUAAGUCGAGGAAGCAGGCAAAUCCGGUACGAAAGAUUAUCAAAGAUGUUCAAGUUACUGCGACGCCUCGUGUUGGCCGCAGGACGAAGAACAUGGUAGAGCAGACACCCACCCAACCUCAGCCUCAACUUCAGCCUCAUCCUCACAACCCAUUCGUCAGAAACAGUACAGAUGGAGCGCCACCACUGAGCGAUUUCUGCAUCCCGUCUUCAGCCACCCAUCAACCACAUUCCAUGAUGCCGGCAACGGGACACCGUAGCGCAUCGGGCCGCCGGGGUCUAGCGCACUCUAGUAUUGCCGAGACACCUUCGAAAGCUCCGAACACCAGGUCUUUCUCUUCAGGGGCGGCACGCAGGAUGAUCUUCGCAACACCAUCCAAGUCCAGUGUGUGUUUGUCGGGUACUGGACACCCCGCGCCACCGCAUGUGUUUGAGACACCUGUGAAGGCGGUGGAUAGCUCACCUCCGGCAUGUGCCACCGCCACCGCCACAGUCUCAGCGGAUGUCGCUACGCCCACCAAAGCCGUACCUACUUCUCCAAGCAUAGCUGGUCCUAUUGCAUUCUCACCACCCAAGAAGAGCACCCCCGAGACAUGCAUAUACGAUGCCUUUGGCUGGAAUGAUGAUGAUGAUGAUGAUGUUGAAUGA